AUGGCCAAAAUGGAGGUGAAGACGUCACUUCUAGACAACAUGAUUGGAGUGGGAGAUAUGGUGCUUUUAGAGCCUCUUAGUGAAGAUUCAUUCAUUAAUAACCUCAAAAAGCGCUUUGACCACAGUGAAAUAUAUACAUACAUUGGCAGUGUGGUUGUAUCAAUAAACCCAUAUAGACCUCUACCCAUUUAUUCACCAGAGAAAGUUGAAGAAUACAGGAACAGAAACUUUUAUGAACUCAGUCCUCACAUAUUUUCUCUGUCAGAUGAAGCAUACAGAUCCCUUAGGGACCAGGAUAAAGAUCAGUGUAUUCUUAUUACUGGGGAGAGUGGUGCUGGAAAAACAGAGGCCAGCAAGCUUGUCAUGUCUUAUGUAGCAGCUGUUUGUGGAAAAGGAGCAGAAGUUAAUCAAGUAAAAGAACAACUUUUACAGUCAAAUCCAGUGCUUGAAGCUUUUGGAAAUGCCAAAACUGUAAGAAAUGACAACUCUUCUAGAUUUGGAAAGUAUAUGGAUAUUGAGUUUGACUUCAAAGGUGAUCCACUCGGCGGAGUUAUAAGUAACUAUCUGUUAGAGAAGUCCCGUGUUGUUAAACAGCCAAGAGGUGAAAGAAACUUUCAUAUCUUCUAUCAGAUAUUAUCUGGUGCAUCAGAAGACAUGCUUAACAAACUUAAACUUGAACGGGAUUUCAGCAGAUAUAACUACCUGAGUUUGGACUCUGCCCGAGUAAACGGAGUGGAUGAUGCAGUAAACUUCAGAACAGUUAGGAAUGCCAUGCAGAUUGUUGGCUUUAUGGAUCAUGAAACACAGUCCAUCUUGGAGGUGGUAGCAGCAGUUCUAAAACUGGGAAACAUUGAAUUCAAACCUGAAUCUCGAGUAAAUGGUUUAGAUGAAAGUAAAAUAAAAGAUAAAAAUGAGCUCAAAGAAAUUUGUGAGUUGACAGGGAUCGAUCAGUCAGUGUUGGAAAGAGCCUUUAGCUUCCGAACAGUUGAAGCCAAGCAAGAAAAAGUCUCUACAACGCUAAAUGUGGCUCAGGCAUAUUAUGCCCGUGAUGCUCUGGCUAAGAAUCUGUACAGUAGACUGUUUUCCUGGCUUGUUACCAGAAUCAAUGAGAGCAUUAAGGCACAAACAAAAGUCAGAAAGAAGGUCAUGGGAGUACUGGACAUCUAUGGCUUUGAAAUUUUUGAGGACAACAGCUUUGAGCAGUUCAUUAUUAACUAUUGUAAUGAGAAGCUGCAGCAAAUCUUCAUUGAACUCACCCUAAAAGAAGAGCAGGAGGAAUACAUACGAGAGGAUAUUGAAUGGACUCAUAUUGAAUAUUUCAACAAUGCCAUAAUUUGUGACCUGAUAGAAAAUAAUCAAACUGGAAUUCUGGCUAUGCUAGAUGAAGAAUGUCUGAGGCCAGGCACCGUUACUGACGACACCUUUUUAGAGAAACUGAACCAAGUCUGUGCCACUCAUCAGCACUUUGAGAGUAGGAUGAGCAAGUGUUCACGUUUCCUGAAUGAUACAUCGCUGCCUCACAGUUGCUUCAGAAUUCAGCAUUAUGCUGGCAAGGUUAUGUACCAGGUAGAAGGAUUUGUUGACAAGAAUAAUGAUCUACUCUACCGUGACCUCUCCCAGGCUAUGUGGAAGGCCAACCACUCCCUCAUUAAAGCAUUAUUUCCAGAAGGUAACCCUGCCAAGAUUAACCUAAAGAGACCCCCAACAGCAGGUUCACAAUUCAAGGCUUCUGUAGCUACUCUGAUGAAGAACUUGCAGACAAAAAAUCCAAACUAUAUUAGAUGCAUCAAGCCCAAUGACAAAAAAGCUGCACAUAUCUUCAAUGAAGCUCUAGUGUGUCACCAGGUCCGGUACCUAGGUCUCCUAGAGAAUGUCCGGGUUAGAAGGGCAGGCUACGCAUUCAGACAGCCUUAUGAGCUUUGUCUAGAAAGGUACAAGAUGCUUUGUAAGCAGACCUGGCCCCAUUGGAGAGGACCUGCUAGGGCUGGUGUAGAGGUACUGUUCAAUGAAUUGGAAAUCCCUGAGGAAGAAUAUUCCUUUGGCAGAUCAAAGAUAUUCAUCCGCAACCCAAGAACGCUUUUCAAAUUAGAAGACCUGAGAAAGCAACGUCUAGAGGACUUGGCCACACUCAUUCAGAAAAUGUACAGAGGCUGGAAAUGUCGGACACAUUUCCUUUUAAUGAAAAGGAGCCAGAUUGUGAUUGCUUCCUGGUGCAGAAGAUAUGCACAACAAAAGAAGUAUCAGAGGAUAAAGAGUUCGGCCAUUGUAGUACAGUCUUACAUCAGAGGAUGGAAGGCUCGAAAACUUCUUCGAGAACUUAAGCAUCAGAAGCGCUGUAAGGAAGCAGCCACAACCAUUGCAGCUUAUUGGCAUGGUACCCAGGCGCGAAGGGAACUGAGACGACUGAAGGAGGAGGCUAGAAAUAAACAUGCUAUUGCUGUUAUUUGGGCUUACUGGCUUGGAUAUAAGGCUCGAAGGGAAUUGAAACGCUUGAAGGAGGAGGCUAGGCGUAAGCAUGCUGUUGCAGUCAUUUGGGCUUACUGGCUUGGACUGAAGGUCCGUAGAGAAUACAGGAAAUUCUUCCGAGCCAAUGCUGGAAGGAAAAUUUAUGAAUUUACACUUCAGAAAAUUAUGCAAAAGUACUUCCUGGAAAUGAAGAAUAAGAUGCCUUCUUUAUCACCAGUAGACAAAAACUGGCCAGCAAGGCCUUACCUCUUCUUGGAUUCAACUCACAAGGAACUGAAGAGGAUUUUCCACUUGUGGAGGUGUAAAAAGUACAGAGACCAGUUCACAGAUCAACAGAAGCUUAUUUAUGAAGAAAAACUGGAAGCCAGUGAACUUUUCAAGGACAAGAAAGCUUUAUAUCCAGCCAGUGUUGGGCAGCCAUUCCAUGGGGCUUACCUGGAAAUCAGCAAGAACCCCAAGUACAAAAAACUCAAAGAUGCUGUGGAAGAAAAGAUCAUUAUUGCUGAAGUUGUGAAUAAAAUCAAUAGAGCUAAUGGGAAGUGUGCAUCCAGGAUUUUCUUGCUAACAAAAAAUAAUGUUCUCCUUGCUGAUCAAAAGUCUGGACAUAUCAAGUCAGAGGUCCCUCUGGGUGAUGUUACUAAAGUGUCUAUGAGCUCUCAAAAUGAUGGCUUUUUUGCCGUGCACCUCAAAGAGGGCUCAGGAGCAGCUGGUAAAGGGGAUUUCCUGUUCAGCAGCGAUCACCUUAUUGAAAUGGCCACCAAGCUUUACCGCACCACUCUCAGCCAGACCAAACAGAAACUCAACAUCGAGAUUUCUGAUGAGUUCCUGGUUCAAUUCAAACAAGACAAAGUAUGUGUGAAGUUUAUACAGGGCAACCAGAAAAAUGGCAACAUCCCAACUUGUAAACGAAAAAACAACCGGCUCCUUGAAGUUGCUGUUCCUUAA